AUGGCUGCAGAUAAAUUACUUGGAUUGGCAAUGCUUCUUGUAGCAGCUUCUGUUUUCACCUACUACACUGCCUGGGUAUUUGUAAUACCAUUUGUCAACGAAGAUUCGAGCAUAAACAAGUUCUUUUUACCAAGAGACUAUGCUAUUAAAUUACCUUUAUUAUUGCUUCUUAUCGCCGGUUUGGGAGUGGGUACAUUUAUUGGAAAAGUCUUGGUCAAGAACCAACAAAAACAAAAGAGUAAGAAGAAGGCACAAUAG